AUGUCGAACAUAAGAUCUUUUGGCGAUCUUACCGAUAAUGGUGAUCAACCUUAUAGCUUCGCCGGAGGUCAUAAUAGUGCAAUUGGUAUAGAGGAGGGCCAUACUGUUCACUUAUACGCCGGGGGUUUUACAGUGGACGAUGGACCAUUCAGAUCUCUUGAUAAACCAGAAAAUGCUUUGUUUUUAUCGGCUGUAAAGAAUGGCGUGGCGCCUCCGGAGUUGCAGGAUCAGGGCAAAGAGGUACGGGUUUAUUUUAUUGACGAUUCACAUCGCCAGUAUGAUCACCCACUCACGGAACCAACGGUAAAGUCCAACUCCACUAGGUCUGGAGCAACUUCUGGCGUGGAAAACAUCUCAAUUGAUAGUAAUUCUGGAGACACUACUACGCUCCGUGUGAAGUUAUACGAUAAUCGCCAGAUUAAUUUGACGGUAUCAAGAAAUAUUACGAUAGGGGAGCUUCGUUCCAUAAUGGCCGACACAAGUGGAUUAUUGCCUUCUUCAUUUCGUGUCAUGUAUGGGUUUCCCCCUAGAGAGGUGAACGGAAAGGAUUCUGAGACUCUGAACGACAACGACCUAUUGGGUUGCGCCGUUUUCCAGCACUUGACGGGCUGA